GGUCAGCUGACAGGUUUGUUUUGCUUGCUCGAGCUCGUCCUGAUAAAAACAGCUAGAGGAAGGAAGCGACGACAUAAAACCGUCUUUAAACUACUGCUCAUCUGCCACUAUUUUACCAAGAAGCUAACAGCGCCGUAAGCACGGACAGUUUUAUAAACCGUUUUCAGCUUUUAUAGUUUUGCUUUGACAGCUGCUACCUCUGUUUUUCAUCUACUGCCAAGUGGUUGACUUUGACGCAAUAUGCCUUCAGAAAAAACCUUCAAACAAAGAAGGACAUUCGAGCAGAGAGUAGAAGAUGUCAGACUGAUCCGAGAGCAGCACCCCAACAAGAUACCCGUGAUCAUUGAGAGGUAUAAAGGAGAAAAACAGCUCCCCAUCCUGGACAAGACCAAGUUCCUGGUGCCAGACCACGUCAACAUGAGUGAACUCAUCAAGAUUAUCAGGAGGCGCCUCCAGCUAAACUCCAACCAGGCUUUCUUCCUGCUGGUCAACGGCCACAGCAUGGUCUCAGUGUCAGCAGCCAUCUCUGAGGUGUAUGAGCGGGAGCGGGACCAAGAUGGCUUCCUCUACAUGGUGUACGCUUCCCAGGAGACCUUCGGCACUGCCACGACCGCCCAGUGAACAGCCCUCCUUCCUUCUUCCACCCUGGCCAGCGAUUGGACAAUUGUAGUUUUUAGCUCCCUGCCAUGUUUUUCCAGUAACACAGUCGUCUUGCCACAUUAGUCUUGACUGUAAGAACUAAAACACAGACGCAAACUGCUAAAUGUAAACACGAUAACGUCUCAGCUCAGAUCAGUUCAGGUUGCCGUCUCUCUCACUGCAGUGAGCAGAUAGACUGUUUGUGUUCCACCACACUCACCCAGUAGCAUAAAGCCACAAGGGUCAACCAGAACAGCAGAGUUUGAGUAGAGAAAUCCCCAAAUCUGACUCAGGCCAAUAGUCUCUUAGUGUCUGUCUCUGCUUCUUUAUUGUCUCUGGUCAAUCACGUCAGCUGUCAUGGCAACGUACCAGCUGUUGACGGCAGUUAUUUUGAGUGUUGUGGUUAUGUGUCUCCUAGGCUGUAUUUAUGUUCAUGUAUAUAUACAUUUCAGGUAGUGGUAUUACAUGAAAGUGGUGUGGCUCCACCACUUAUCUAUAUAUAUAUGUAUAUAUAUAUAUACACAUAUAUAUAUAUAUAUAUUUAUAUAUAUACAUUAGCCAAUGAACAAAGCCAACCUUAGUUUUAAGGUUUGUGGAGACAAAUGUUAGAGAGAGAGAGAGAGAGAGAGAGAGAGAGAGAGCUUUGUAAAGAGUUUCUGGCUUCCUGUUGUUUUUAUGGAGGAUUUUAUUGCAGUCUGAGGUCAAAUUUAGGAGUCCAAGCCUACUUUUGCCAGAGAUUAUUGCUAAAUUAAGUAGAGAAGAUCCUUGUUAAUCAGCGCAUCUCUGCUGUGUGUCUCGUCACAUUCCCUUUAUGGUCCUUUGGUGUUUUUAUCCUCCCUGCCUUGUAGCCUAAAGCAUCUUCACUGUAACAAAAAAAAGAUGUAAGGAAACUGCUUUGCUCUUGAAACAGAUGAUUGUAGUUUGCAGAAAAUGCCUUGGUGUACAGAUGGUAUUGACAUUAUGGCUUUGAAUAUAAAGGGGUUCCAAUAAGAGUGUAACCAAGUUGACUUUGGAGACACUACAAAGAGCAUGGUCUGAUUGCAUGUGUGAAUGGGGGAUGAUGGUGUUUCUGUAAAUGCUGAUGAGGGGAGGGGGUUGCUUAAAACAUGACAGCGUUCAUUUCCUUUCCUUCGUAUUUCUGUUGUUACAAGUUAUCAUUAAGGUGAUGAAGGGAAGUUGGAAAAAAAAAAAAAAAGAGUGAAACAUGGGCAGGUUGAUGAGCACCAUGUCUGUGUUCUGCCUUUGACCCACAGGGCUGAUUUCCCAGAGCUGCCGUUGCUGCGUCGCUGUGGGGACGUCAGACCUGCCCACUGGGUUUUUAAGGGCUGCACGUUUAAUCCUGUCUGUCUAUAGAUGGACUUUCACACUUCCUGUGCUGUUGUGCUUCUCCUCCUCCUCACCAUCUUCUUAACAGAUCGAGGUUUAGCUGCUUUUAUAUCGCAGUAUUUUAUCAUUUUUGGUUCGUUUUAUUUAAUGUGAUUUUUAUUUCAUUGUACGACAUGUCUUUACUCUCGCUGUCCACAGUAUGUGAUUUACAAAAGGUGACUUUUUUCUGACUAGUAAAAGCCACUGUGUGUUUGUUACAGAGGGGUGGAGCAUUUGUUUUAGUUCUGUCUUUAUCUGCCUGCUCCUCUGUUUCACACACACACAUCCACACACAGCAAUAUCACUCAAUCUCCUUUAUGUAUUUAUGUUGGUAUUUUGUAAA